AACCAUCAUGCUUCGUGGCCUUCAAGACACAGGAGUCCCACACUAGGGAUCGUUUUGAACGUCAUGGCGACAUUUCGAUUCAAUUUUGGUGCAAAAGAAAAUGAAUUAAAUGAAAAAAUAGUUUCUCUAGAUGAAUGCGGUGCAAAUCAGAAAGCAGAAGAAAUUAAGGUAUCUUUAGAUGCAUUAUUGAAAACAGACGUCAGGUUUAGCACACAAGAAAUCGUGAUAAAUGAAGAAACAGUUGUGAAGACCUUGAACAUCAAACACUUGGAAGAAACGUUGAAAGCAAGUGACAAAAAUACGAGAAGCUGUGUAUUGGACGCUUCGUUAUCAAAUAAAGACCUCGUACCCGAUUUAUACGAGGGUGGAUUAAAAAUAUGGGAGUGUGCAGUUGAUUUGGUCGAGUUUCUUGAGCAAAAAGAGGUAAAGUUUGAAGACAAACGCGUUUUGGAGCUGGGCUGUGGUGCAGGAUUACCUGGGAUUUUUGGUCUGAUGAAAGGAGCAUGUGUUGAUUUUCAAGACUAUAACCGUGAAGUCAUUGAACACUUCACCAUGCCAAAUGUAUUCCUUAAUCUAAAAUCAAGUCAUUAUCAUUUCUCCAACCAACAGUUAGAAAGCCUUUUGUCUGCAAAAUGUCGUUUUUAUGCAGGCGAUUGGAAGUGUUUGGAAAACUACAUCAACCAUAAUAAAGAUCCAGAGCAAUUGUACGACAUAAUAUUGACCUCAGAAACUAUUUAUGAUACCAGAAAUCAAAGUAAACUCUUAAGUUUUAUUAGGAGCCACUUAAGAUAUCCUUAUGGUGUGGUGUAUGUGGCUGCAAAGACUUGUUAUUUUGGGGUUGGAGGAGGUACGAGAACAUUUGAGAUGUUAGUUAAUGGAUCACAAGACUUGCUUGUAACUGUUAGCAAAUUAUAUCAAGAAGGAGUACAAAGAGAAAUUUUAACCAUGGAAUGGAGACAAGACAAUAGUAAGGAAUGAGAUUCAAAAUAGACCAGUUUCAAGUCCCAAAUUACCGCUGUGUUCCUUGAUUAGACUCAUUUCCUCAGGCUUAGCCUUGAAUCAGUGUCCAUAUACAGUGGCGGAUCCAGGGGAGGGGUGC